CUUCGCAAUCUUCCAGCAAAGCCUCAACGCGUCCACCGAAAACCUCCAUCUGAUAAUGGCUACAUCCCCUUCGACUAGUCGCGACGUGAGCCUGCGUCAUGUACUCAUCUUCCACCGCCACGGAGACCGCACGCCUGUGCUCACGUCCAUCGGCACCAAAGUAGAGCCGACACAGGAUGAGAAGGACUUCUGGGCCUCCAAAGUGGCUACACCGGAGCAGCUCGAGUUGCUGCAACAGACUGCCAAGCCCGUGGGCGCCGAUGAGACGCAGCCUCCUGUCAUCAGACCCUCGAAGGAAUCUCAUUACCCCUACGGCCUCUUGACCCAGAAGGGCGUCAAGCACAUGACUGCCAAAGGACGGACGCUGCGAGAGCGCUACGGACAUCUGGUGGGCGACGACGUAGAGGUCGAGGACGUCUACGUGCUGUCCAGCAGUGUGCCACGCACCAUCGAAUCGGUACAGAGCUUACUACGAGGCUUCUUCGGAGAUCAGAGGAAGGCCCCGCAGUUCUACGUGCACACCUACAAGCACAAUGUACUGGCGCCCAUGCACCCACUGCAGGUGUUUAACGAGAUCGAACUCCUUGUGCACGACGAUGUGAUCGGAUUGAGGGGUAAAACCGAACGUGAGGCCAUGGAAAAGCUCGCUCUGCAUCUGCGAGAGUGUCUGGGAGUGCCGGACGACCAGCCGCUGUCUUGGACGGCAAUUCGGGACGCGUUGACGUGUCGGGAAGCCCAUGGCUGGCCGUUCCCUGAUGGUGUCGACCGCAAGAUCUUUGAGCAAGUCGAGGCCUACGACACGUGGCUCUGGCAGCGUCUGUACCAACGUAAGGACUUCACCUAUUGCGCGUUUAAAGACGGCGUGAAGGAAGUCUAUGAGUUUGUCAAGUCGGUGGUGGAGAACAAGCAGCCAGCGAAGAUUUCCUUCUUCUCAGCGCAUGAUAACUCCAUUGUGGCACUGCUGGGAGCUCUACAGAUCGAUGUGGGUUCACAAUUGCCUGAAUAUGGCUCCAUGUUGGCGUUGGAAGUGUACGAGGACAUGGCUACACGCGAGUUCUUCAUCAAGCCGCUGUACGAGAACGAGGUGGUGACUUUUGCAGGCCACAAGCAUGACCCUCUGUGUCCAUUCUCGCACUUCGAGUCGCUGGCGAUUGAGUUUCUGUCCUACAAGGCUCAACACACAGAGCAGCUAGAGUAGACGUGGAUGUAUUACUUUCUGGGGGUCAUCGAAGCCGCCCAGGUGUGAUUCGUAACUAGUGGACUACGCGGAGUCCGAGCAUCGUCGUGGACGCUCUUCCCUCUCGCUAGAAUAUCCAUGUAAUCGGUGCCUUUGUACUUGGAAUCCUUCCACCACGCUUCACUUUCUUCAUCGCUUUCUCCUUUUUUUACGAUGGCCAUCGCGCUCUUCUUAAAGGUGUUUUGCAAUGUCUUAGGCUUCUUCUCUUUAUCUUUGGCCUUGUUGGUACCAGUA